AUGUGGGGAUCUAGGCAUGGAUGGGCCGACCGCGUUUUCUUUUUAAAAGUCAGCGUGCGCUUUGAGCACUCAGAUGGCACCUAUUUUGUGCCUUGCAGGAAGCUUGCUUUCUGCUCGUUACCUGGCAUCUGGGAAAUGUCACCACACUUUUGGAGUAUCCAGCUCCUGGGGCGGCGGGUCAUGUUGGUCUUAAAUCAGUUCGUGCUUCUCCUCGAGCUCAGCGAGACGGGGCGGCUUAUCGGCUUGGUUGUCAAAGAAAUCUUAACAUUUCUUCAUUUCUCUUGGAAGGAGUCUAAAGCUACCUACCUGGAAGACCUUCCACCUCCCCCUGAGUAUGAAUUGCCUCCAUCCAAGUUAGCAGAGGAAGUGGAUGAUGUUUAUCUGAUUCGAGCUCAAGGAUUACCAUGGUCAUGCACUGUCGAAGAUGUGCUUAGCUUUUUUUCAGACUGCAGAAUCCGUAAUGGUGAGAAUGGAAUACACUUCCUCUUAAAUAGAGAUGGGAAACGAAGAGGUGAUGCCUUAAUUGAAAUGGAGUCAGAGCAGGAUGUGCAGAAAGCCUUAGAAAAGCACCGCUUGUACAUGGGGCAGCGGUAUGUGGAAGUAUAUGAGAUAAACAAUGAAGAUGUGGAUGCCUUAAUGAAGAGCCUGCAGGUUAAAUCUUCCCCUGUGGUAAAUGAUGGUGUGGUUCGCUUGAGAGGACUUCCUUAUAGUUGCAAUGAGAAAGACAUUAUAGACUUCUUUGCAGGACUGAAUAUAGUAGACAUUACUUUUGUGAUGGACUAUAGAGGGAGAAGAAAGACAGGAGAAGCCUAUGUGCAGUUUGAAGAACCAGAAAUGGCCAACCAAGCCCUAUUGAAACACAGGGAAGAAAUCGGUAACCGAUAUAUAGAGAUAUUUCCAAGCAGAAGGAAUGAAGUUCGAACACAUGUUGGUUCUCAUAAGGGAAAGAAAAUGGCAUCUCCUACUGCUAAGUAUAUAACUGAGCCAGAUGUGGUCUUUGAAGAACAGGAAGUAAAUGAGGAUAUUCGACCUAUGACAGCUUAUGAAAGUGAGAAGGAAAUCGGUGAGGAUCUGCCUCUUGUUAAGACUUAUUGGGUCUAUCUUAAAGACCAGUGGCCUGGUGCAUGA